UUUUGUUUAUCUAUCAGUGUUUUCAAAAAAUCAAUCGUUUAAUACACACUAAAAAGUUUCAAUCCGUUUUUGUUCGUAAAAUAAAAAAAUAACAACUUGUUCAAUAGAAUUAGUUAAACGGAAUGCAAAAUUUGGCAUAUACUGCUUGUACUACUGUUUUUAAGCACAUGUUUUCAAAAUUUUCCACCUACUUCGUCCACAGAUAGAAAUAGUUUAUCUUCUUAGUUUAUUUUAUCUUUUAAUUUGGAAGUUAAUCUUUGAAACAAAUGAAAUAAAUUAUCAGUUUCUCUCCCUUUAAAACUUGUGGUUCUUGCGUGAUAUAAUCUUUUUGUUUUUAAUUUUCAGCGCAUAAGUACUUUGUGCUGUUUCAUAUUAUCGAUUAAUUAAUAAUUAAGAUAAAUUAAUUAUAUUUUCACAUAAAAAAAUGUCAACCUGUAAUAAAAUUGCGGAUUCUUUGUUUUCGUAUGAAACUCCAAAAAUAGUACAGAUUAAAAACCGAUUUGUUGGAAUCGUCAGUCGCAUAAUCCAGCUUGUCAUAAUUGGUUAUAUCAUUGGGUAUGUAAUUGUUUAUAAAAAAGGUUAUCAAGAAUUCUGUGAUGUUGAGGGCUCUAUCACAACUAAAGUUAAAGGAGUUACAUACACAAAUUUUUCUAAAAAUGCGUUCAAAGAAGAAAUUUCACAUCCUGAAUGGUAUAAAAGAAUAUGGGAUGUUGCAGACUUUGUAGUUCCACCAUCAGAAAAUGGAGCUACUUUUAUUGCAACAAAUUUAAUAAUUACACAAAAUCAAACCCAAGAAACUUGUCCUGAGGAUCCUUCAAUUACUGAAGCUCUCUGUUAUAAAGAUAACAACAGCUGUGUUGCCGGAAAUGCCGUUACUGCUGGCAAUGGUGUUAUGACUGGAAACUGUGUUGAAAGUCGUAUUAAAGGCACUUACACUUGUGAAAUACAAGCAUGGUGCCCAACUGAAGUAGAUGUUAAACCCUUGAAAAAUAAUACAGCUGUUUUAGAAGCCAGUGAAGAUUUUACUGUCCUAAUUAAAAAUUUUGUGGAUUUUCCAAAGUUCGAAAAUGCUAAAAGACGCAAUAUAAAGGAUACUUCAAAUAGUUCUUAUUUGAAAACUUGCUUGUAUGAUCCUGUGGAAUAUCCUGAUUGUCCUAUUUUUCGACUUGGUGAUAUUGUUAAAUGGAGUGGACAAGAAAAUUAUAAUGAUGUUGCUUUUAAAGGUGGUGUUAUUGCUGUGGUGAUUAAAUGGGACUGCAAUCUUGAUUUUGACAAAAAAUAUUGUUUUCCUAAAUAUGAAUUCAAUCGUUUAGAUGACCCAGAAGCUAAAUUAGCUCCAGGGUGGAACUUCAGAUAUGCCAAUUACUUUAGCGAUGAUAGACGAACUCUAUAUAAAUUAUUUGGUAUUCGUUUAGCAAUAACUGUAGUAGGACAAGCUGGACAAUUUAGAAUCAUACCUCUGUUGCAAAAUGUUGGUGCUGGUUUAGGAUUACUUGCUUUGGUGGUAGUGAUAUGUGAUGUUAUAGUAUUGUAUUUAGUGAAAAAACGUACUUUUUUCAAAUCAAAGAAAUUUGAAGAAGUAGACCCUGAAAAUGAUCCUGCAAAUUCGCCUGAAAUAUCUACCAUUAAAAUUCCUGGAGAAAUUCCUGUAAGGAGAGAUAUUGGAGAUGGUUAUCAAAGGCUAGAAGAUUAAUUUCCAAUCCAAUUAUUUUUCUACUGUUUUUAUGAAAUAUUACUUCUUGGCAGGAAGAACAUAUCUGUGAUAAAAGCUUGUGAUUAUUUCAUUUUUCAAUCAAAAUGGUGGUUUUAUGUAGAGUUUAGUAAUUUAUGAAAUUAUUUUGUUUUUGAAUCAAUUUAUUUUAGAAUGAUAAGCCUUACGUAAUUUUAAUUAAAUUUAUUUUCUCAGUUACAUUAUAAAAUAUGUUAGUACCAAAGAGUAAUAUUUUUAAUUUGUACUAAUAAUUUAUACUUUAGUUUUAUUUUAUAGAAAAUAAUCCUGUAAAGCAAAUUUAUUAAAGUUCUAUUUUGAAAUUUUUUUACAAGAUCACAUUUCCAAUUGAUGCAUGGGACCAAUUUACUAUGAUUGUUUACUAUUUUUUAUAAAAAUUUAGUGCAUAAUUUGAUUUAGCAAUGUAUUAACUUUAAAAGACAAUUCUCACUUUUCUCUUUCAUUUUUAUAAUUGAAGUUUUUUUGAAAAAAGAUUAAAAGUGUUAUUUCUUAAAAUUAGUAUUAUGUGUUCUAUGCAAAAAAAAAAAAUCUAUUUUAUUAAUACUCAUUUUUUGGGGAGUGCAUGUUCUGAUUUUGAUAGGUUUUGGAAUGACAAUUUUUGUAUUUUAUGUGUUGUUAUCAAACUGCUUUGUUGAAGUUUACCAAAUAAAAUCAUUUAUUCUGAA